AUGCCUCCCUCCCUUUGGGUUAAGACAAAAGGGACCUCCAAAAAGGGCUUCGAUAAGGCAUGGCAUGCCCUAGACAAGCUGGGGGAUCCCGUUAAUCGACUGUCCAACCGUGUUGGUGCUGAGGCCUUCUGGCCUAUGACCACGGACAAGGAAAGCGACAAAGCCGCUCGAAUACUACGCAGCUUUUGCAAAGAUGGCUUCUACGCCGACAACGAGACCGAUCGACAGAGCUCUGAGAGCGUCAUAAACAAGGAUACUGGCAAAAUCGAUAAACCCAAAGGCAAGCAGCGGGUGUUGAAGAAGAUCCCUACCAAGGUCAUCCAACAGGCCAAGGGUUUAGCGAUCUUUACAACUAUGCGUACGGGUCUAUGGCUCAGUGGCUCCGGUGGUAGUGGUGUCCUUCUGGCCCGUAUUCCCGAAACAGGCGAAUGGAGUCCGCCGUCCGGUAUCAUGUUGCACACUGCAGGUGUAGGGUUUCUCGCAGGCAUUGAUAUCUACGACUGUGUGGUUGUGAUCAAUACCUACGAAGCUCUCGAGGCAUUUAAGAAGGUCCGCUGUACAUUAGGCGGAGAAGUUAGUGCUUCAGCUGGGCCUGUUGGAAUGGGUGGUGUGCUCGAGUCGGAAGUCCAUAAGAGGCAAGCUCCCAUUUGGACUUAUAUGAAGAGUCGGGGGUUAUAUGCAGGCGUCCAAGUGGAUGGUACUAUAAUAAUCGAGCGAACCGACGAAAACGAACGGUUCUACGGUGAACGCAUUUCUGUGACUGAUAUCUUGGCUGGGAAGGCCAGACACCCUCCUGCAUCCAUUCAACCUCUCCUUCAAACAAUAAAAGCAGCACAGGGAGAUACGGAUGUGAACGAGGAUUUGCUUCCUCCACCGGGGGAAACACCCGGGGAUGUGGAGCUAGAGCCAACUCCAGCAUUCGGCAUUCCAGAUCCAGAGGAUCCAGAUCCGUUUGGCGUCAAAGCUUUGGAAGCUGAAGGUCUGUUCAUCCGCGAGGCUGGUUCUAGAGCCCGACCAACCCAUGACGUCUUCGAGUUUAAACCGAACCCGAAUAGUCCUGUCUAUGCAACUUUCCGGCGAAGUAUGGAGAGCUCGCAGCGUAACAGCUGGCGGACUAGCGUCCAGAGCUAUGUCAGUCAAGACCGAGGUACCCAAACUUUCGAUGAACCUUCCACUGCGCCGACUUCUCUCAGUCGUGCGUCUUCGACGAGCCAUAGGGAUUUCUCAGAACCCAAGGACUCGAUUCCGUCGGAUAACGAGGGACACUGGGAGACAGUCAUCCCUGAGCACCACGAGGCAAACUUCCGCAGCCAGGAUAAAAGUCUACAGGAAAAUUUUAUCGACGAUGAAGACUUUGAAGUACACGAAGUCAGCAGCGCCAGAAUCUCCAGGCCCGACAGCGCUACUGGAUCUCCCGUGUCAUCAGAGCCUCCAACAACGUUGGGUGAACCAAUGCGCCAGUCGCCUCCUACUUUCACCCGCGCUCGCCUUGUUACUAUUGCCAAGAGGCAACCUCCAUCGCUUCCUCCGCGGAACCCUUACCGAGCGUCGACCUCGACUUCCACUCCCGCCUCGCCUAUUCCUUGGGCUUCGUCCGAUGAUAACCGAUCCGUAACCUCCAUCUCUACUCGCGCCUCUCUCGGUGGGGCCGCUGCAGCGACUGACAGCGGUAAGAAAGACUCGAGCGCAGGCGCAUCAUCUGUCGACGAGACAUCUGAGUCACACAAGGCGUCUGGCAGUAAAGAUGACGAGUUCCACUCCGAAAUCGGCACGCAAAACGAGCAUUCUCGCUCAGCGACUCCCGAAGACAAGCUUGAUGCGACUUUUGCCGAAGGAAAGGCCACUGAGGAGAAUGUCACCGAGGCGAAGGCCACUGAAGAAAAAGCCAGCAAGGGAAAAGCCAGCGAAGAAAAAGUCACCGACGAAGAGGACAAGAAACUAUCGCAAGACGAAGUCUCAGCCGCAGAAACGCAUACCUAA